AUGGGUUCAGAAUAUACCCCGAACCCUCAAAACGAGGGACUCAGAUCUACGAUAGAGAACAUGCCCAUCAAGGACCCAACAGGAUCUUUAGAAAUGAUAGCUCAGACAAGGCAGGCGGCAGAUAUGCUUCCUGAUAUAGACGAGUCUGAUGCACUCUACAGAGUCAUCCUGAGAACGGGAGAUGUGGUCAUCGAAUAUUUAGAUCCUGACUCAGACACUUCAACGCGAUCCGAGGCACGUCACCGUCGCUGGCGAGUCUCCAGCGAGGACUUGAUGCGAAGCAGUCCGUAUUUUCGAGCCCUACUUGAUCCUGACAAAUUCUCCGAGGGCAAACAACUCAUGCAGCAGAAGAUGAUGCACCGGGACCUGCUUGCUCCCGAGCCUGUGAACGGCGCCUCUUUGGAUGAACAAAGCCCGAAAAUGAGCUAUCUGCCUGUCGUAAUUCUCCCAAGCAAACACUUCUCUCCAAGGCUUGGAUUAGAUGCCAUCAAGCUGUUCCUGGAGAUCCUGUCCUUCAAGUCCUUCGACGAAGAACAGAAGGGUUCUUUCGAUGCGGAACUGAAGUUCCUGCCCGUAUCCCUCAUUGCGAGGGUUCUGGAGCUAGCAGAUGCCUUCAACUCUCCGCGCGUCGUGCAAGAAUCUCUCAAGAGAGUCGGCUAUGCCUUCGGGAAGGGGAAAUAUUCCUACACAAAGUUCGAUUCUGCCUUGCUGAAGCUGAGUGAGGAUCGCAUCCGACAAACGAUCUUCGUAGCGCGGACAUUAGACGAACCGAACAUCUUUCGAGUUAUGACACAUGCUCUGAUCAUCCUUGGAUCGAGGUCUUGGGCAGAAGGCGUCGAGCCUCCCGAGAGUCCUUCCCUCCACUGGCGCUACUUCUCCGGUGGUAUAGAAGAGGAGCUCUACUACCGCCGCCAAUGUAUCCUCAACACCAUCUCAGACCUCCAGGCCUACUUCCUGCGCGUUUACGGCGCUUUAGAAGAUCCAGAGCCCCCCAAACCAUUCCUUCCGAGACAACCACUCGCUCCAGCCACACAUCAACCCCGUCCUUUCCAAUGCCGCUACGGCUUUGGCAACUCCAGCGCCUGUGACGCCUUCCAUCUGGGCCAAAUGACGCGAUUCUUCUCACUACGCACAAAGACCAUCUUCUUAGGGUCGAUGCUGAUCGACUCUAGCUUCGCCCCCGACUCCGACUCCGACUCCGAGCCCCCUUCAGAACCCCCCAAAGACAUAACCGCAAUCAUCGCCUCCCUCAAACAAUGCCCCGACUACCAAAUCGACCCCAACCACAUCGGCUGUGGUGUCCGCCGCCGCUUCCUACCCCCCUUAGACUGCAUAGAACGCUUCGUCGGCGACGGUCGAGGCCUACUCGGUAUUGACUAUCAAACCUGGGACAGCGGCCAAACGUGGCCCCUUACGUCAACCUCAUGGGCAAAUCGAGCCAUACCCCGCGCGCGUGUCAUCGAUAUCAGAAUCUCGAAAAUCAGCGCAAUCCCCGUCUUAACGCGCGGUGCCGCUCGACCCGUCUUCACAUCACAGGAGGAAAACGCCCGGUUUCUGUUCACCGCCAAGAAAAGAAACUGGGAGGCUUAG